GAAAGUGGGUUUGUUUAGGGAAUAGCAAAUACUGACAAAACAAAAGUAGGUUUAAUAUAAUACUCCAUGAAAAAACAACCCCAUGUUCGAAGAAAGAAGAUCCUACUUUCAUAUUCUACCAAACCAUGUUCACCUGCACUUUUUUAUACAUUAUUAUAUAUCUUACAUUUAUAUGAAGCUGCACCAUAUACGUCUGUAUGCCACUUCCCCAUUUCCUGGAUCAUGCUUUUUCACUGGCACUGCUUUCCUCUGCUUAUUGGACCUCCAUUUUUUUAAGAGAAAGAUCCAGUUUUUUUUCCUAACAAAGCUUUGGGUCUACAGUGCGAGAAGUAAACGGUUUGGUUGCUUAUUUGAAAAAUGGAGGAGGGGAAUGGGAUGUUGAUACAGCAACAAAGGUCAUUGGCUGAGACUCCAACCUAUUCUGUGGCUUCAGUUGUUACAGUCAUGGUCUUCUUGUGCUUUCUGGUGGAAAGGUCAAUCUACAGAUUUGGAAAGUGGUUGAAGAAGACCAGGAGGAAAGCACUUUUUUCUUCAUUGGAGAAAAUUAAGGAAGAGCUGAUGCUACUUGGCCUUAUAUCCUUAUUUUUGGCACAAUGUGCAAGGUGGAUCUCUGAGAUUUGUGUAGAUUCAUCUCUUUUCAGCAGUGAUCGUUUCUAUCUUUGUUCAGAGGAUGAUUAUGGUGUCCAUAAGAAUAUUAUACUUGAAAGUACUAUCUCUUCUCUCAAUGAGACUCGAGUUGCUACAAAAGGAAUACAUACUCAUUCAUCUCAUCAAUGUGGUGAGGGCCGCGAACCAUUUGUUUCUUAUGAGGGCCUUGAGCAGCUACAUCGUUUUCUGUUCGUUCUCGGGAUAACUCAUGUUUUGUAUAGUUGUGUGGCUGUUGGUCUGGCUAUGAGCAAGAUUUACAGUUGGAGGAAAUGGGAAAAUCAGGUUAGCCUGCUGGCUGAUGGUAAUUUGCAAGCAAAGAAAAACAAGGUGAUGAGACGUCAGACCACCUUUGUUUUCCAUCACACAUCUCAUCCAUGGAGCAGGAGUCGAGUUCUCAUUUGGAUGCUCUGCUUUCUAAGACAAUUUAAAAGUUCUAUCGAGAAAUCAGACUACUUGGCACUGAGAUUGGGCUUCAUCACAAAGCACAAACUGCCACUUUCUUAUAAUUUUCAUAGAUACAUGGUCCGAAGCAUGGAAGACGAAUUUCAUGGUAUCCUUGGAAUUAGCUGGCCACUUUGGGGUUAUGCCAUAAUCUGCAUCUUCAUAAAUGUGCAUGGUCUGCAUAUUUACUUCUGGCUUUCUUUCAUCCCCGCUAUUCUUGUCAUGCUGGUUGGAACAAAACUUCAACAUGUAGUGUCUUCUUUAGCACUUGAAAUUGUGGAACAAACUGGACCACCUGUUGGUACUCAAGUAAAGCCUCGAGAUGAUCUGUUUUGGUUUGGAAAACCUGAGAUUUUACUACGGUUGAUACAAUUCAUCAUCUUUCAGAACGCCUUUGAGAUGGCAACAUUUAUCUGGUCCUUGUGGGGACUUGAUGGUAAGAGAUCAUGUGUCAUGGAAAACGAUUAUAUGAUAGUCACUCGAUUGGCAUCUGGAGUAGUUAUUCAGUUCUGGUGUAGCUACAGCACAGUGCCUCUGAAUGUAAUUGUUACACAGAUGGGAUCUCGGUUUAAGAAAGCUUUGGUUGCUGAAAGUGUGAGAGAGUCACUCCACAGUUGGUGUAAGAGAGUAAAGGAAAGGUCUAAACGUGAUUCUCUUCACUCUCAUACUACAAGAUCAGUUUGUUCCCUUGAUACCACAAUCGAUGAAGGAGAUGAAAUCACCAUUGCCUCUGGUACUCUAUCUCGGAGCUCAUCUUUGGGCUCACUGAAUCAAGUAACUGUAGUACCAACCGAGCAGCCUCAGGCUGCUAUCCAAACUUCUCGGGUGGAAGAGUAUUUGUCUGAAACUCUAAGCAUUAACAAUGCAUCAGAGCUUCCUUCAAAUGGUGAAGAAGAAGAAGAGGACACAGGAAACAAUGGGGUGGAGGAACAGAAAGUAAAAACUCUUCUUGAGUUAUUUCAGAAUACAUGAACAAGUCCAUUUUUCAUUGGUUUAAAUUAUAUCAUCAGUUCCAAGCUUCAUUUUUACCAUGGAAGUGAAAGUAAUACCCAACUAAGUGUUAAUGACAGCAUCUCUUGAAGCACAUACCAAGAAAUUAGAAUACAAAGUUAGCUUGAAGUUGCUAGCUGCUGAGCUACGUAUAUCAACUAAAUGUUCAAAAAAAAUGUUUUGAACAUGCAACAUUUUUUUUACCUUCAAUUUUUCUUUUCUUUUCUUUUCAUUUUAUUUUAUAUUUUUGUUCUUUUGUUUUUAAAAAAUAACGUUCAAACUUCUAGGACCUAAAGGCUCACAAUGUAUUAAAACUCUCAAGUAAUUAUGGUAUAGCAUAAUUUAUCCCAAAAAUAUGAGAAAUUGUGGACUACCACAUAACUGGUCUUGUUCUUCGAGACCAUAUCUUCAAUCUUAUUUCUACAUAAAGCGUGGACAUAAUGAACCAUAUUACAGAGGAUUAAUAUACAUAUUUAUAUAUAUAUAUAAGAGAGAGAGAGAGAGAGAGAGAGAGAGACAAAGACAGAAACAGA